GAGCAUGUCAACCGCACAAUGUCCACGGUCAUCAGCCGUCUCCUCUCAUUUCUUCCAUUAACGUCCAAGACCUACAUCCCCCAGAAUCGCGGCAUCUCCAAUAUGACUGUGACCGACAACUCUCAGGUAGCCACGUUCGCGGCAGGCUGCUUCUGGGGCGUCGAGCACAUCUUCCUGAAGCAGUGGCCGAUCAAGGCGGACAAGGGCGUUCUGAAGACGGCGGUGGGGUACACGGGCGGGAAGGAGAGCGCGCAGAAUCCGGACUAUAAGACUGUUUGCUCGGGGGCGACAGAUCACGCUGAGGCGUUGAGGAUCGAGUUCGACCCGAGCAAGAUCACUUAUGAGGAGCUUGUCGAAUAUUUCUAUCGCACUCACGACCCGACGACCGUGAACCGACAGGGCGGGGACACCGGAACGCAAUACCGCUCUGCCAUCUUCUUCCAUACCCCCGAGCAAGAGACGAUCGCGCGCCGUGUGACCGAAGAGGUGCAGAAAAGGCAUUUCGACCCGGUCGGGACAAAGAUCGUGACGGAUAUCAUCGCAGCAGGGACAUGGUGGGACGCGGAGGACUACCAUCAAGAAUACUUGUUCAAGAACCCGAGCGGGUACCAGUGCCCUACUCAUAAGUUGCACUGGUAGGGUGUGGAAGGUUGGGGCAGACACAGGAUACACAACAACCAUGUAUUUUUUCAUGUACAACAUGAAGAGCGCGAAUAUCGAACGAGCGAGCAUACCAGACG